UAAGGCCUCUUCUGUUUCCUGGAACAAUUGGUGUUCUCAGAACAGCAGUUUCUCAGAAAAAUAGAGAUGAGGGUUCUUCCUUUGUCCUCCUCACAAACCCAUUUCUCCCCUCCAUCUCUUGGACUAAACCGCGGAAACUCAGCUUCUAAGUUAAGCAGAAGCUCCACAAGGUAUGGAAAAGUUUGGGCCAAAGCUGAGGAGAAGAGCGGCGAGAAGGACGAGAGCAAGAAGACCAACAAGCAGUCCUUGUUCUCGAGCCUCACCGAAGCACUCGACUUCUCGCAGGUGAGGUCGGCAAAGGACGCCGAGCUACUCGAGGACGCGAGGGAGACCACCAGAGGCGGGGGAAAGAUGACGAGGGAACAGUACGGAGCUCUUCGCAGAAAAAUCGGCGGCACCUACAAGGAUUUCUUCAAGUCCUAUGUUGAUGUUGAUGGGCAAUAUGUGGAGGAUGGAUGGGUGGACAAGACAUGCAAGGUGUGCAAGAAGGACACAAGAGGAGAACCUCGGCAAGUCGACAACCUCGGAAGAUAUGUGCAUGUUGCAUGCUUGGAAAAUUCUAAACCAACCAACUUCUUCUCAAAGCUCUUCUCUAGAUGAUCCAAUCCUUCUAAACUGUACACCUAUUUUUCUUUUAAUCCUAUAGAUAACAGUAUGCUAUGCAAUGGAAUUAUAUUCAUGAAAUUUUUUUGGCAUCUUA